GCUUCAUGUUCUGUUUUCAGAUCACGAAUGGAUUUGCCUGGCUCUCCAUCACGGCUUGUGUGCUCCUCCCAGCCAGCUCAGAUGCUGUCCAUUGACACUGGCCAGGCUGACCGGCAGGCAAGUGGUCGGAUGGAUGUGUCUGCUUCAGUGGAACAUGAAGCCCUCAGCAAUGCUUUCCGCUCAGUGCCGCUUGCGGAGGAGGAGGACUUUGAUAGCAAGGAGUGGGUUAUCAUUGAUAAGGAGACGGAGCUGAAGGACUUUCAUCCAGGUGCUGAGCCAAGCACCUCUGGUACCACAGAUGAGGAGCCUGAGGAGCUAAGACCUAUUGAAGACGGUGAGGAGAAAAGGCGCUUGGGCGCAGACGCUGCAGUCAGGCCGAAGACUCAUGAUGGGCGAAGUCGGGGUAUGCAGCCUGUGACUGAGGAGGACAGUUCCCACAGACAUGAAGGACCUUCUCAAACAGUAUCUGACAGUAAACAUGAACAGCAGACAGGAAGUCCAGCCCACUCCCCCCUACACUCAGCACCAGCUAUCCGACAAAGGAGACGAGAAUCUGAACCUACUGGUCCUCACAGACAGGCAUAUACACUGAAGUCGUUUGAAAUGAAUGGUCUGCCCAAGGCGGUGCCUUUAAGUUUGCCUUAUCAAGACUUCCGAAAAGACAUGUUAGAGUACUGGGAGAAGGCUAAAUUAUCCCAGCGGAUAAAGAGAGUUGAUUUCUCAAAUGUUGUCUUGACUGCUCCGUGCAAACCCCUGGAACCUUACCUGGAAAUGAAUGGCAAAGAGGAGGAGGAAGAAGACGAGGAAGAAGAUGAAGAUGAGGAAGAAGUUGAAGAGGACGUGGAGGAGGAAGGGGAUGAAAUUGACAUGCACAGUGGUUCCAGCAGUGAUUUGAGUCAAAAAAGCACAGAGCGCAGCCAGGAGUGCGCACCAUCCACUCUCCUGGCUGAUGACCAGAAGGGAUCCAAGGGUCGAGCUUCCAUGGCUGAUGGGGACUUGGAACUGGAGGAAGGCUCAAAAACACUGGUGCUGUUUUCACCGGGUGAUCUGAAAAAAUCUCCAGUGACCACAGACUUGCCUCCAGAAGUUGAUCUGGGGACUCUUGCUGCACUGACACCUCAGAGCGAACGGCCGCAGCCAAUGGGUAGCCAACUAGAUGUGUCUGAGCCAGGGACCCUGUCCUCAGUCCUUAAAUCUGAACCAAAGCCUCCCGUGGCAGUGGCUACAGCUUCCUCCCCAUUUACCAAAGUUGAGCGCACAUUUGUUCAUAUAGCAGAAAAGACCCACCUAAAUGUCAUGUCUUCCAGCGGCCAGCUGAUGAGGCAUGAGGAAUACUGCCCUCCGGGACAGUUUGAAGAGGUCAUUGAAGAGGAGCUGGAAGACAAUCUGGUGUUGGUAGAGAAUGGAAGCAUCCAUUCGGGAUUAGAAGGGGCAGAGACAGAGAGCUGUGCACUUUCUGCUAAUCCCAUUGAAACCACCUCAGAAACAGUGGGGGAGCAGCUGUCAGUCCCCAAUGUAGCAAAGCCUCCUGAGGAUAAGGCAGAGUCCUCUGACAUUGUGGCACUCUCGCUGGAUUUGGAAGAGUCUGCCAAGGUGGUCACAAGAGAGCCUGACCUUGAGAAGCCAGCAUCGGUAGCAGAACACCUGAAGCCAGCAGAGACCCUCCCUGAUGCUCCACAGCAGGGCCUCAGGAGACCUCUGGGCUCCAGGUAUAGAAGUCGGAUCCCCAUUUUAUUCUCUGAGGAGGACACUGGCUCAGAUCUUUCAACUUCACUCUCAGCCAAAGAGAGGCUUUAUAAGAGAGCAAAGCAACCUGAUCUGGCUCGUUUAGUGAUGGAGAAGAGACAAAACUGCCUCCUUAGGCUGGCUUCGGGGGCAUCCUCCUCAGCAUCCUCCAGUGACGAGAGGCGGCGAGCCUCAGAAACCCUGUCAGCCACUGGUUCUGAGGAGGACACCCAUGACUCUGAUGACUCCAUCCCAAGAAAGGCAGGGAAGAAAGCUGCCCUCCUGGGGAGAGAAGAGAAGCUCAUAAGCACAAAGAGCAGAAUUCCUCGGCCCAUCACACCUGUGAAAACACCGCUAGAGACAAUGAAGUCCGAGAGCUCCACAGCCGCUGUGAUGGCAGUGCUAUCCCCGCAGGAUGCAGCUGUUGCCUACAGGCUCCAGGCGCAGAGACCAGCUGGAAAUGUCCCAAACGACUACCGAACAAUACAGAUACAAAGCCGGCUUCCUCCUUCACCAAGUUCCACAUCUCUUUCUCCACGGAGCAGCACACAGAGGUCCAGCUACGCAUCCCCUCGGAGCCCUGUCCUUCCUUCCAAAACCCCCAGUGCUUCCCCAAGAAGCCAGUUGCUGCCUCGGAGGGGAAGCCCUUCUCCGUGCAGGCAGCAUAAGCCAGGGACUGCUCUCCAGCGAGUUCCACCUUCCCCCCGACCUCAGCCCCAGGCUCAGGCCCUGGGGCCAACAGGAGACUCCCUGCCCUCUCCUGGCACGGCCAAAAAACGGCAAAGAGGAAAAACCCAGACUCAGAGUCCAGCAACCAAAGGAAAGCAGGUGUCCCUGGAAAGUAAGGCAGCUGCCAGAUAAUGAUCUUCUGCCAACCCAACAGACUGGGUAACUUCUGCAUAUAGUAUACACUUGAGAUGCUGCAGCACAGCCUUCCAUGCCGGAACCACGAGUGUAUAGCAGUAGCUGUACUUCAAUGCUUCACUCACUCUCACCCCACACAGUUGCGAUCAGCUCCCACAGGCCUGAGAGCCUCUGAGCCACAGAGCCCUCUUUGAGGGAAACAUCCAGUCCGCAGCUCACGCUUGCUAAUGCACAGCGACCCUGGCAGCCUGCCUAGUGCCUGACCCCCCUACUCCCCAGGCAAUCCCCUCUCUCUGUUGGCAAUACCUGUCGCCAGUAGUGACCCUGGCUUUGGAAAGAGGAGUGGAAGUGAUGAGAGCCUGCUGGGGAGGAAGGCUCCUGUCCUGCAGGCAGCCCUUGCUCUCUCUUUGCUGGGAAACCACCAGCCCUGGCUGCCAACAGCCGAGUGUUGGCUCCUCUCCUGCAACUUGUGUUAGUGAGGGCUUGUCACCAGCCCAGCUCAGAGUGAUGGGUGUGUUGUUAUGUGCUGAGAGAAGGGCAGGAGAGGGCUGGAGGAGCUAUGCUCUCCUUUUUCCACAAGGGCCUCUGCAGGCAGGAGUGGGGCACAGGCAGCCCUUGUAGAUGCUCCUGCCUGUUCCAGGGUGUCCUGCAGAGCUGUUUCAGCAGCUGCUUGUGGGGCAGGUAUUGAGUUGAAAGUAGGGAUGUAUGGGCAGCUUGCUGGGAAAUCCAGAGCACUAGCAUGUGAUGUGGAAGGGAGCACUCUGUCUCAGAUACUGAACUGUGACCUGUGGAGACCACAUCAUCUGACAUGGGUGAUUCCUCUCAGCCUGAGUGUGGUUGGUGCCACGGUUCUGUAGGCCACCCAAACACAGCUCCAUCCUGAAGAUGUGAAUAGUCACUGGAUGCCUUCAGCUCGGGUGCCUCUUGCACCUAAAUUCCUUGUGCUUUAUUGUCAUGCUCUUGGUGUUUGUGAAUUUUGGCACUGUUGUUGAAGGUUCCCUUACACAGCAGGGCGGGAAGUAAUUAUCCUGUAGUAUACUCUAAAGCUGCUGCUUUGCAAGGAGAGCUUUGCUGGUACGCCGUGGGUAUCCUGUGCAUUUCUCAUCGGGAUAUUGGGUUUAUGUCCUCGUGCUCAGCUCUUCCACACAUUGCCUAACAACCAACAAUGUGAACACAAAAGCAAGGGCUGUGCUCUUAAAUAAUAUUACCAAAACGUAAGCGUAGCUCUCACUUAGCACGCCAACUUUUUUGCUCCCUGACUAAUUAGGGUGGUUUGAAAAUUCAAGCCAGGAGGACUGAUAACUGCCAGAGCCUGAUAAGAGCUUGAAAUGGUCACAAAUUCUUCCCUGCAUUGCACAGGGGGAAACAAUGUAGACCCAAAUCCUUGGGGCUUCAUGCCACUGUCACACCUAAAAGAAGUUUUGCAUAAGGCAGAACAAAACAAUGGCUGCUCUGCCCACCAACUCCUGCAGCUGCAACUAGCAGCUUCAGAAAAGAUUUGCAGACAAAAAAGCUUGAUGGAAGAAUUCUAUGGUAGUAACUGACUCAUUUGAAUGUAUUUACAGUCACAUUCAUGGUCAUCCAGUCCAAGGAAUCCCAAGGUUCUGUUUCAGAGUGGUUCUACAGGAACAUGCAUGGAUCAUGAGAGCUGUGACAGAGUGGCAGGGAGAACAGCCUGGGACAUCAGAAUAGGGAAAUGUCUGGAAACAAGUGAUGGGAAUUACCUCUCUACACAACAGUUCCAAUGUUGACAAUGCUAGGAACUUAUUUCAAGUUCCUAGCAUAUAGUUCAAAACGAUUGGUGUUUUCUUUAAAAGUCAUUCACCCUUGUAGAGUAAGAAGCAGAGCUUCUCAUCCGAGAACAAAUCCCAGCUCUCAUAUUUGCAGAGAUGCACUGGGAAUUCCAUGCUCAGGAUGUGGUUUGAGGGACUGAGAUGACUUAGCCGAUAAUGGCAGGGGUCCCUCCAAGUUGCAGUCCCCUCCCUUACCCUAGGGCAACUGUUCAGUGAGGUGGCUGGAGAUAGGGAUCCAGUGUGACAACAAGUGCUCUGGUUUGCUGGGUUAGUUUUCAUCUGUUCAUCCAUCAGGUUCAGCAUUUGGUCACACAAAUGUGUCUGCCAAAAGUGGAGGAAAGAGUAGAUAGUGAAUUCUACCACUUCUUCUUUGGGCACGAUGACUUCAUGUGAGUUUGGAGUCUGGUCCAACUGCAGCCUAAAUAUGUCCUGAGAGUUUUGAAACUAGAAAACAAAAUAAACCCAAAUACCCAGAUUAUUUCUGGAAAUAUAAAUGGUAAUGGCACUCCUAUUAAUUUGUCAGCAGACUAUUCAUUUUAGAGUGCUUAGAUAAUAAGAUUUUGACAGUGUAGCCAUUACCAGAUACUCUAUCAAGGUCUGACAUGCACAUGCCGAAAAGGCAUCAAAGGAGCAGGAAAGGAGUGCUACAGGGCUAUUGACAGGAUUAGCAAACCCAUUUUGUCAUGGGAGGCCAGUGAAGCACAAUUACUGUAUUUGUUCAAGAGAAAGUUUAGAUUAGAAUUGUCCAUGGCCCAGCUGUACCAUGUCAAGAAGGAAGUUGAAAGAAGAAUGCCAGUGAAUGAUUUCCAGCAUGGGAGACAGCAGCCUCUCUCCAUGUUGUGUGAUAGAGCUGGGCUGAUGCUGCAGCUGGAUCUGUAGUACUGUCAUGCACUGUCUAUCCUGAGUCAUCAGAUCCAGUGGCAUUGAGAGCUGUCUGGCUGCAGCAGGGUUGAAAGCCAGAGCAGGAGCUGCUGGCUGCUGCCAGUGAUGGGCUCCCAAGGUUGUUCCUGCAUGGUCUGGCUGUCCCCAUGUGUCCCACAGGCUUGGAGCUCCAGACUUGUUCCCUUUCCCAGUGGCAAGUGAUGCUGUGAUGUUACAGGUAAAAUGCUUCACGUUGCCUCUUACAGUCCUUCACUAUAUUAUUUUUUACUGAGAUUAUUUUUUACAGGAGCUCAGUGCUGGGUUUUUUCAGUCAAGUGAUUAAAAUAAUUUGCUCAUUUGCUGAAUUUGGCAGUGCAAAGAGUCAGGCUUCAUGCAAGCACUGCUCAGCAGCCACUAAAUGUCAGUACGUUAUCAACAGUAUUCUCAACCAAAUCCAAAACACACCACCACACCAGCCACUACAAAGGGAGCUAACUGUACCCCAGCCGAAACCAGGACACUUGUUUCCUGUUCCAGGUGAUGGCAGGGACACUCAGGAAAGCCUCUGCCGUGCAAAAGCUGCUCUGGGUCUGUUCACUCUGAUUUUCAAAGUUGCGCCCUUCAGAGGUGAGCAUGACCCCAGGGACUGCUGCCACUUGGGGCUGCUUGGUUCUCUGGAGAGGAGGAUUUUCUGGUGAGCAGGUGGACUGGCAGUAUUUCCUGUGAAAAGAGUCCUACAAAAGGGGCUGGGAACUGUGGGUCUCUCAUCCUGUUCUCUGCCCCACAAACCAGGAGGGCACCUGCCGUAGUCGGGUCGAAUGCAGCAGAUCAUGUUUGAAGGGUUGUUCUGUUAGGGCAGAUGGCUGAUACAAGAUGAUGUGGCAAGGGGUGGAUCUGAAGGACAGUUCUCAGCACCGAGCUAGUAUGACAGUGGAUUGUAUGAGCAAAAAGAGCACUGGGGCAGCCAAGAGAGUUCAUGGGAUGGCACAGACAUGUGGCUGGAGACACUAAGCUGGCUUUGGUUGGCAGCACGGACACUGGCUUGUCUUGGUGCAAAAGGUGUUUCAGUUACAGACAUUUCUGUAUGUCGUGCUUGGGGUUUGCAAGAGGCAGGACACUUGGCUUGUCCUUUCUAAGUAGAGAGUAUUACUAUAUAUAUAUAUAUAU